AUGGACACGAAUGAGUGCUUUGUAGUUCACAAAUAUGCACGGGAACAUACUUGCGAAAGUUACACUAGCGUGCUGACCUCAGCUCAAGAGGAGAAACUCUUUAAGGCGACAGAGGUUGCGAGGAAGUUGAAUGUGGAAGCACUAGAUGAGUUCCGCUUUUCCGUGCAAUGUGCACGUAAUACGGCAUAUAUGGUGAACUUGACUUAUAAUACAUGCACUUGUAUGAGAUUUCAGUUAGAGAGUUUUCCAUGUGAGCAUGCAGUUGCGGUGGCGAUGUAUCGAGGCUUUGCGGCGAGAACAUUAUGCUCUUUGUAUUAUACGACUGAGUCUUGGAGAACAUCAUAUGCUGAGACUAUAUUUCCUCUGCCGAAUGAAGUCGAGUGGGAAGAUCCCGAGUACAUUCUCCCGUUUCAUGAUUUGUUGCCACCAGCAGUUGAAUCGCGUGGUCCUGGACGUCCAAUUACAUCUAAAAUACCAUCUACCGAAAAAUUUCCUCAACCACCAAGUCCAUGGCCAGGUCAAUGUGCUGCAUCAGGAAACACCAAAAAAAUAUGA